AUGUCAUUUCGAAAAAAAUCUGAAUUAAAAGAAAGCUCACCAAAUGCUAAAUCAUCAAAGAAUAUUCAGGCGGCACAACGUCGUCUUUCUCAGCUAUCAAAAUCGUUGACUCGAGAUCUUUCGAUUAACAAUGAUGAUAAGAGUAAUGAAGAUGAAAUUAAAAAGCAUGGUUUUUUUAAGUCAGACAAUCGUAGUAAAAUUGGUUAUACACUUCGUAUCGGAGAUAUUUCGAUAGUCAUUAAGCCUUCGCUAAAUCCAGAAUUGGUGCCUAAUUUUAGGAAUCCAUUUUAUGACGACUCACAGGAAAUAUUAAGACAUUUAAGAUGGAUAAUGCAAAAAGAUAAAUUAGGACAAGAUAUAUUUCUUAUUGGACCACCAGGACAUAUACGACGUGGCCUAAUUUUAAAAUACGCAAAUCUCACAAACCGUGAAAUAGAAUACGUUACACUCUCGAAAGACUGCACGGACUCAGACCUAAAGCAACGUCGCGAGAUCUCGGCCGGAACAGCUUAUUACGUAGACCAAGCAUGUGUCCGUGCGGCCAUCUACGGUCGAAUUCUGAUACUUGAUGGAAUAGAAAAAGCUGAAAGAAAUGUCCUCCCGAUUUUGAACAAUCUUUUAGAAAAUCGUGAAAUGUCAUUAGAAGAUGGUAGAUUCUUGGUGCACCCGAAGCGCUACGAUUCUCUCUCAAAAAAAAACAAAAAAAUGGAAAUGGACAAUUGGAAGUUGGUACGAGUCGAUGAUCGGUUCUUGGUCGUCGCUUUGGGUGUACCUGUUCCGCCGUAUAUCGGUCACCCACUAGAUCCUCCACUGCGUUCGCGAUUCCAGUCCCGAGAUGUUAAACAACCUGGAUUCGAAACUCAGGUGCAUCAUUUGAGCAAGAUUGCGCCGAACGUUUCGAUUACUGUGUUGGAACGCUUAGUUUCUAUUGCAAUAGUGCUUUCGAAUUUGGCAUUUAAUACUGAAGGAGGAAUAACGAUACCAGAAUUCCCGAUUUCGAUCGAGUCGAGUGUCUUGAUUCUUCAACAAUUUCCAGCAAUUAAGCUUCGUUUUCUUUUGGAUAUUCUUUAUCCGUGGCCUUUGUUACCAAUAUGCGAAAUUGAACAACGAAAGGUUAUCGAAACGACUUAUCAUCGAUUUGGAAUACUUGAGUCUUAUAGCACCGAAAAUACCGGCGUUGAGAAAGAUAAGGGAUUGAAAGAAAAUAAUAACGAAGAUGAGAGCCAGCAAAUAUUUCAAGCAACAUCUGGAUAUAAAGUCGCCGAAAUAAAGAAUAUUGAUGAAAUUGAUGUUAAAGCAUUUAAUGGAAAACGAAUCUACAAAAAAGAACUUACAUUUCACGAAGAAACUGAUGUCUCGAAAAAAGCUUCUGUAAAAUUGGCCGGAGGUUGUGAGACACCAACAACAGCAGAAUUUUUCGUCGAAACUAAAUACCAUCUAAACAUAUUAGCUGCGAUGCUUAUUGCGCAUUCUACUGGUGACUUCUGUUUGAUAGGUCAAAAAGGUGUAGGAAAGAGUGCGUUAAUCCGGAGUUUCGCAAAAAAUUUAGGAUACACAAUUGAAUUCAUUCCUCUUUACAAAGACAUGUCUUCCCGCGACCUACUACAACGUCGAGGUACCACAUUCUCUGGUGACACUAUUUGGGAGAACUCUCCACUCGUAAAAGCAGCUAUUAAUGGAAGCUUAGCUGUUAUGGACGGCAUCGAAACGCUUUCUUUUGGUACAUUAACCACGCUACAACGUCUAAUUAAAGAGCGCGAAAUGCCUUUACCCGACGGAAAACAAUUAAUUAGUCAUGAACGAUACCAGAAUCUAGUUCAAAAUCAUGGAUUCACUCCUGAAAUGUUAGCUGAUCGUGGUAUACUUUCUGUUAAUCCGUCGUUCCGAAUUGUGGCUUUAGCGAGGCCAGUCAGUAUUAGCGGAAUUGAAGGAAAAUCUGGCGCCUGGCUUUCUUCUGAAAUUUGUGCCAUGUUUCAGUUUAUUGCUGUUAGACCCCUUGAAUACCAUGAAGAGGCUGAAGUUUUACACGCCUUGUCUCCCGGAAUUAAUGAAAAGAGUCUUGAGCUUCUUUUACGUUUUGCUAAUCGACUUAGGCAGGAUAAAGAUGAGACAAUAAAGAUUUUAUCUGACGCGUUUUCUACACGACAAUUAAUUCGAAUUUGUCGUCGCAUAACUGCGUUUCCUGAUGAAAGCUUAUACGAUUCCAUUCACAAAGCAGCACUCUCGCGAUUUUUACCAUCACUUGUUAAAGAAGCUCUCGAGGAACUAAUGAUAGAAAAUGGGAUCACUCCUCCAAGUAUAAAGCCAGAAAUUGAAACACUGAAGAUUGAAGUCAUCCCCUCUUUCGCAAAUCCCGAGUACCUUCAAAUCGGAAAUGUAAUACAACCGAUUGCCAGAGACUCGAAUCCGUUACUUAUUCCAGACAUUUUAUUUCACGAGAACCCGAAGCAGACUGAAAUUUUGAUGCAGAUGCUGAAAGAUUAUCAAUUAGGCGAGAAUUUGUUGUUGAUUGGAAACCAAGGAGUCGGAAAAAAUAAAUUAGCUGAUUACUUUUUACAAAUUUUGAAAUUACCUCGAGAAUAUAUUCAACUUCAUCGAGAUACUACCGUACAAAGUUUAACAGCCACUCCUUCGAUUAUUGAUGGUGUUCUCCAAUAUGAAGAUUCUCCAUUAGUGAAAGCUGUAAAAUCAGGCUACAUUCUUGUAAUUGACGAAGCCGAUAAAGCCCCGACAUAUGUUACAGCAGUUCUCCGUAACCUUAUCGAAGACGGUGAAAUGGUAUUAGGCGAUGGUCGACGUAUUGUUUCUCGAGCUUUUGAAAAAUUAGAAAAUGAUGAUGAAGAUGAGAAGUAUAUUCUCGUUCAUAAAAAUUUUAGAAUAAUUGUUUUGGCAAAUAGGCCAGGUUUUCCGUUUUUGGGAAAUGACUUUUAUCGUGAAAUCGGUGAUGUAUUCAGUUGUCACGCAGUAGAUAAUCCAGAUCCUGCAUCAGAAAUGUAUCUACUCCGAAAAUACGCGCCAGACAUUUCUGAAGAUUUACUGUUGAAACUUACAGCAGCAUUCAGCGAUCUGAGACGACUAGUCGACGAAGGGCUGAUUUCAUAUCCUUAUUCAACUCGUGAGCUCGUCAAUAUCGUGAAACAUAUGCAGCAAUAUCCCAGCGAAGGUGUCUCUAAAGUUAUUCAAAACGUGUUCGACUUUGAUCAAUACGAUAAAAACUCAAAAGCGCUUUUAAUUGAGGUUUUUCAGAAACAUGGAAUUCCAAUUGGAUUAGACUCCGAAUUGUCUGUGCAACUUGGUAAAUUUGUAACAUUGAGUAAACCAAUUGUCACUGAAAUUUGGACCAAAAUAAUUGCCUCUGAGAGAUCUCUUCAAGUUAGAGACAAUAAGAUCGAGUUUCAGGGUGGCUGGGAAUUUCACAUGAAAAAGGCUAAAGAGCUUGAGCGAACUGAAGGUCGCACAACGACAUUUACCGAACAAAUAUACAGUUUUAAAAUUCCUACACGUGGCGAAGCAUUAGAUAUCGUUGGGUUGGAAGAUGGAUCUCUUUUUGCUGUCACUACCAACCCCGUAACAUUACAUUACAUCGAUAAGGAACAUCAUCUAAGUAGAAGCGUUGAAUUGUACGAAUUUUUCCCGCUUAAAGACGUCCCUCCACAAAUAAAACUUGCGAUUGUUCAAGCUUAUGGUUCGGCGUGGUUUUUGACUUUACAUGAUCCCGAGAACAAUUCCGUAGUCGCUAUGGAUUAUGAUGGAGGCACAGUCAAUUCAAUUGAAUUGACUGGACUUGCUAAACAAGCACGGAAAAUUAUGCUGAAAGAUUUCGCGUCGCUUGGAAUUUUAGUAUUUUAUCAAUUCUUUAAAUCUUCGAUUGUUAUACUGGACUUCAACGUCAAUACUGAGUAUAUAAUAACACUGCCUAUAAACGUUGCUCAGCUUUAUUUGCUAAAACCGGACGUAUGGCUCGUUCGUGAUUGCGAGAGAGGCUCUUACCACAUUAUUUACCCUGCAGCUGGGAAUAUUGGAUGGCUUCCGAAUGUAAUCGAGCAAAUAGAGAUUAAAAAUUUGUUGGCUAAUUCACCACAUCAGCCGAUUACUUUUGUGUCUAAGGAUGGAGUUCCUAGAGCAAAUGUUUCAUCAGCUCGGUUCCUACACACCAAAAACGAAUCCUUUGCUUUAUCAAUUGCUUCUAAUCUCCCGGAAUCACUAAUCUCAAAUGAAAAUGAUAUAAAUCCAAUCGAGGUAGUUUCAUAUAUACGUGAACCGGAGGAUAGUGCAUAUAAUCUUUUUGAAAAUAUAGGUAUUUCUUCACUGUUUUUGGCUCGGACUGGGCAAUUGGCGACUUUAAUUCCGAUGAAGGACGGGCGGAAUAUUGGGCAUUUGGAAUUAUUUAACCCAAUACAACAGACACUCUGGCGAAUUGUAGUACCAUUAGCGAUUCCUGUUUCUUUUGCAGAAAAAAGUAAGUUCAGUCAAGCAGGUUUAGAAUUGCAACCAACAGCAGCAUUAUUACUGGAGUUGCCAAGUGGGGAUUUACUGACAAUGGAUAAUAGUGGUGUUGUGCGUGUAUGGCAAGUUAACGCGGGAGAAUUGAUUCGUGCAGUAGAUACUUGGAAGAAAUUUACUGGUGUGCUGGAUCAACAUGUAUUAUCCAUAAUAUACGAAACAGACGAGAUGCAAGAGGAAAAUUUAGCAGAUGAAAACAAGUCGGGUUUUGGAAUUGGUAAAUCCGAAGGCAGCCAAAAGAUGGGUAGUGGUGAAAGAGAUGAAGCCAAAUCAUCUUUAGAGCUGACAGAAGCACAAAAAGAAAUGCAUGCACUAGCUAUGCGCCAACGCCUUGAUCAAAUAAAAAUGACACAAUCCGAUUCCGACAUAUACCGUAACUAUUUAGCAAACGUACAACGCGAAAUACGCGAACUUCGCGUGGUUCUUGAGAGUGUCGAAGCGAAGAAAAAAGAACGGGUUUGGUUGAAAAACCAGAGUUCUGGUGAUAUUGAUGAUACGAAAUUGAUUGAAGGAAUAACAGGCGACUAUAAUAUUUAUAAGCGUCGUGGUGAAAAUGAUCCAGAGAUUGGAUUCUUUCAGGAGAAACCUAAGAAAAUGUAUUUUGUGUUUGAUUUGAGCGCCAGCAUGUUCCGAUUCAAUACACAUGACCGCCGUUUGGACCGAUCAAUUGAAGUAGCGUUAAUGAUAAUGGAAUCAUUCAAAUCUUUCGAAAAUAAAUUCGAAUAUCGUAUUCUCGGACAUAGCGGCGAUUCGCCAAAUGUUGAAUUUGUCACGCGUGAAAAAUACCCAAAAACUGAAAAAGACAUUUUCAAAGUUUUGAAAGAGAUGUUUACGCAUUCACAGUUUUGUCUUUCUGGAGAUAAUACGUUGAAUGCCACCUCACACGCCAUAAAAGAUAUUGUUAAAGAGCAAGCCGACGAUUACUUUGUUGUCGUGCUAUCAGAUGCGAAUAUAUUGCAGUAUCAUAUAAAGCCGGGUGAUAUUGCUAAAGUACUGAAAUCAGACGAAAGAGUAUCAGCAUUCAUGAUAUUCAUUGGCUCGUUACAGGAUCAAGCUGAAAA